AUGCCACGCAUAACAACAUCGCUCAUCCGCAAGGCGCGCGCGAUAGACGCUCUUCUUCCUGCUCUUCUUGCGCCGUGUCGCGAACUGCAGGCCGCCCAGAACGAGCUGCGAUGGCUCCGCGAACACGUCGAGAAAGUCGCGAAAGCGCGUCGCGCCAAAGGAGACACAAUAGCUAAGGCUUCUUUGCUACGACAGUUGGUCAGAGAAAGAGCCGCUGGAAAGCCACUACAGUAUCUGUUAGGCACGGAGUACUUUGGUGACCUGGAGAUACGCUGUAGGCCUGGUGUCUUGAUCCCAAGAGCAGAUACAGCCGCGUCAGUCACACAUAUCGCCAGUCUCCUACGGAAUGCGCAAAGUCUCCCUCCAGAAAUACGCGUACUUGAUCUUUGCACCGGCACCGGCUGUAUACCCCUCCUCUUCCACCACGAGAUAUCCUCGGCGUCGAAUAACAUAAACCUACGUGUUCUGGGUGUCGACAUCUCGGAGAAGGCCCUGCGUCUUGCGAGACACAACCUUCAAAGACUACGCAAGACGCGACAACUUCAAGACAAUGGGCCAUGGGACUUCCUACAAGCCGACAUCAUGGUCAAUCCCUUCUCAGAUCAGACUGAAGGCGUCUUGUCGCUAACAGCUGCCCUCAACUUCAAGAAAAUGCCAUCUUUCUGGGAUAUUCUCAUUUCGAACCCGCCGUACAUCUCGCCAUCCGCCUUCUGGAAAACGACCACGCGCUCAGUCCGCGGUUUCGAACCGAAGCUCGCGCUAGUACCUCCCCACAAGCUCAAGCAGACAGACAUAGAGCAAGGCGAUGCCUUUUACCCGCGGCUGCUUGAUAUUGCCAGAGAUGUGGAAGCCAAAGUUGUCCUGCUUGAAGUUGCCGACCUGGAGCAAGCGCUUCGCGUAGCACAGCAUGCACGCAAUCUAGACAUCUUCGACGGCGUUGAGAUAUGGCGGGAACAACCCGAUGCUAGUGGCGACGCUGAGAGUGAACAAGACUUUGCAGUUAUUGGCCAAGGCAACGCCCGAUCCGUCCUCUGCUGGCGUGAUCGUGGGGCAUACUGGCUUGGCAAGAUUGCGCCCUUGGCUUCAUCAAACGAAGAUGCGGAUCGCCUCUUUCGAAGCUCAUUCGUCAAAAUGAGGGACGCAGAAGAAAAGGCUAGAGAGGUCAUCAACAAGAAACGGUCGGAACCACGGUUUGAUAUGGAAAUCGUCUCUGGGGCUGAACACAGUGCUACCCCUCUUCGCCGAUGGCCUGAUAAUAGGCGAAUGUCGGAUCACUCGAAGACCAGAUGA